GCAACCAAGGUACAUUCAAUUCCUUGACCGGAAUCGAACCUGGGACCUUUCAGUCCACAGGCCAACGUUCUAUCCACGGAGCCAAACCGGUUUCGGUGAGGUGAUUGCUCCCAAUGUGGCCUCCUGGACUGUGACUUCUAGAGCACAGUGGCCUGGCCGGGCCUGACCAGUGGCAUAAGAAGGAACAUAGGGAGGGACAUUCUUUGCUGUGUCCCCAGGCACCUACCGAGGGAGACAGAAAAGCUGCACCCCACCCUAGGCCGGCAGGAGGCAGCCAGGAGGAUCCCCACUCACUGUGGGAGGAGCAUCCCUCUGGAGACCCCGGGUUUUUAAGCAUCUGGUGCUGACGGUGGAGCUGGCCAUGGGCAGGAGGACAGGCUCUUUUUGGCCCUUGGCCCACCUUCCUUCCUGUGUACGUGCGUGUCUGACUGAUGUGCACGUCCCCGACAUCCGGGCGUCCACCUGUGUUGUGGGCGACGGUGUUUCUGUGUCUCUGCGUGUCCGGGCCUGCUUGGGGUUGCUCACACACUGGGCACCAGGUGUGUCUGUGGCUGUGAAAAUGAAUAGUUUAACCACCAGGGGUGUGUGUGUGUCCGCGUACACGUGCGUUCACGUCACCACGUAUGCAGGAGGGGCCUGUUGGGAUUUCGGUCGCUGGGAGGGGAAAGAGGGGAAAGAGGAGUCAGCUCGGAGCAGAGAGGAGCCGGAGAGGUUGGGAGGGCCGGGAGGCUAUGGGGAGGGAUGGGGUGUUUGCGUCCCCGCAGGGAGGGAUACUCAUGGACAACUUCUCUGGGGGGGUCGCUUAUUAUUUAUCGCUCACAAGAAGAAAAAUAAAGUUGCUUUUGGAACCACACACUUGUCGAGGCUGCUGAGGGCCAGGUGGGGAGUGCCGUCUUCCUCUGCCCCUCUGCCCCUCUCCUGGUCCCCAGGGCAGCGGGACUGUUCUGGAAUGCUCUAGAACCUCUAACUGUUCUGGAACUCUGCGACUUUCAGGCAAAGGACUAGAACCAGGGUCCCAGAGCCUCCCUCUCCCGCAGCCCCCUGGGCCUCAUGUGGACUCUGGCACUAGCGGUGGCUCUGCUGGGGGCUGCCCAGGCCUGUCUCUUCUGCCGCCUCCCAGCGCACGGCCUGUCGGGCCGCCUGGCGUGGCUCUGCAGCCGGAUAGAGGCCCAGUGGAAGGACUGCGAGGCCUCCUGGAACUUCUCCACCUUCGCCCUAGACGAGGUGUCCAUGAACAAAGUCACGGAGAAGACGCACAGGGUCCUGAGGGUCAUGGAGAUCAAAAGCUCCUUCUCCUCGCUCCCUCUCUAUUGGCAAUGGCUUCACAAGACCGGGCUUCCUGAGUACGAGAGGGAAGCUCUGUGCAGCCCCGCCUGCUCGCCGGACCCGCUGUCUCCUGCAGGGGGCAGCACCAUCCUGUACAACUGCUCCACCUGCGCGGGCUUUGAGGUGCUCUGCUGGCCCCUGAAGCGCUGCUUCCCAGGAAGCCACGAUCUCCAGGAAGCCAGGAUUCUGCUCCUCUGUGUCUUUGGGACGGUCCUGCUCCUGGGCGGCCUUAGCCUGGUGGUGGAGUGAGUGCGGGAGGCUGGGGGCGGGAAGCGGCCUCGCUGCCUCUGACCCGCCCAGGGCUCUCCACCACCCUUCCCUCCCAGUUUCCUCCCCUCCCC